UGAAACCCGGAUGGAAAGUUAUUUAUGGCGGUUAAACCACAACUAUCGCAACUCAGUUUAGAUCAUUUAGUUAAUUGUCAUUAGCGAUUCAAGUUAGACUACAAUCCAAUUUGGAACAAUCAUUUUCUCUCUUUCCAUAGAUUUUCAAAUUUUCUCUUCCUAUUCUUUUAAUCGUCUUAAGUUUCAAUUCUUUCUUUUCUCCUCCUACUCUCAUUCCCUUAUCAUCCAGAGGACCAGUAGAGAGGAUAAGAGAUCUUCUCUCUCAUUCUAUCUCUCACUCUCCCUCUCUCACUCUCUCUCUCUCUCAGAUCACAAUUAUGGUUCUUUUUGGAUUCUAAUUAACCUUCCAUCCAACAGUUCAUCUUCCAUCAGCAUCAAUCUUUUAAAUUGUUCACCUCAAGUUUCCAGCAUCUUAAACAUUGUUUUCAUCUUUAACUUUUAUUCGUCAAUAUCAACACUAAACCGAUUGCCUUCGUUUUGACAAUCAAUUAAUUGUGUCAUCUUCAACUCUUAGAAUAAUUAAUUUUAUUGUGAUCUAUACCAAUUAAAAUGACAAAUCACAUUGAACUGACAGAUUCAAUGAAGGAUGUUCCAUAUUCGGGUCUACUUCCAUAUCCAUGUAAACCAGGAUUACUUAUAAAUAUCAAUGGUCGAGUUCCUGAAGAUGCAGAGAAAUUCUGCAUUAAUCUUGCCAAAUCAGGAUCUGGUGAUAAAGCUUUUCACUUUAAUCCUCGUUUCGAAGAGCGUUGUGUCGUUCGAAACAGUUUAGUCGAUGAUAAAUGGGGAACCGAAGAAAGGAAUCCAAAGAAUAACAUUCCUUUUACUCGAGGCGAACCAUUUAGUCUUUUAAUUCUUGUACAAACCAAUUGUUACAGAGCUGCUGUUAAUGGUGUCCACUUUAUCGACUUUGACCAUCGAACGCGUUUCAGUGAAGUUCGAAGGCUGGAAAUUGAUGGACAUGUAGUUGUUAAUAAGAUCAGUUAUCAUAUGGAUCAUAAUCACUCACUGGAUUGUACACAGUUUCUUCUCGGUUAUCCGAUAUAUCGACCGAAAUUACCUUUCAAGUGUAAAUUUCCAUCUCCCGUUCAGGCUGGUUUUAUGGUUUACAUUUCAGGUCGUCCUGAACUACGUGCCCAUAGAUUUGCAGUUGACCUUCUUUCAGGUGAAGAUAUUGCCUUCCAUUUCAAUGUUCGAUUCGAUGAGAAAGCGGUAGUUCGUAAUACCUGCACUUCAGGCGACUGGUCAAAAGAGGAACGACACAUCUCAUAUUUCCCAUUCGCUUUGGGUGUUAACUUUGAUAUGAUCAUUUUGAUUACCGAGCAAAAACUUAUGAUCGCUUUAAAUGGGCAACACUAUGUCAACUAUAAUCAUAAAGUUCUACCGAUUGAUUCCAUUGAUUCAUUAAGUAUCAAAGGUGAUCUUUGCCUUAGCUCCAUUAGAUUCUCAACAUGAACGGAUUUUCCAGAAAUUAUCUCGUUGAUUGUGAUCCAAAUACCAAAUAACAUUAUCAACUUCCGUCUAAUCGUCUAUUAAUUAAGGCGAUACAUAAAGAAAAUGAUUAUCAAACUCAACGUGAUUAACUUAUCCUAACUAAAAAAGUUCCUUCGAUCUAAUUUAUCUUAAAUUUUCGAUAAUUAACUAGUGAAAUUCAAACUCUCUCUCUCUCUCUCCUUUAUUCUGUAUAUCAAAACCGUUGCUGCCUCAUCAUCAAGUUAACGAUUUCGAUAAAUUAAAAUCUAAUCAAACUGUUAAAAGGAAAUUCCAAAUUCAUCUCUUUUACAGAGAUUCUUUCAUAAUCAAAGGCCAAUAGUUGAAAAUUAAUCUCCGUCAAUUUAAAGCUUUUGUAAAAAGUGAAUACAUAAUUAAACGAAUGAAUAUGAUAACUUAUUGUGAAAAAAUCAGUUAAUUAAAAUGCUUUUUGAACAUCGA